AUGAAAAGUAAACAAUUGAAAAAUUCAAACCAUUUAAAUUUUUUAUUUGAAGAAUUUUCUCAACGUAUUAAUAAAAAUAAUCUAUUCUGUUUUCAAUCUUAUCAAUAUGGUCACAUAAAAUUACAACGUAUUCAUAAUUAUUGCGAAAAACAUGGAUUUAUAUUGAAUCAUUCAACAAUAAAUACAAUUCAAAAAUCUUUUGCAAAUAUGAUUACAUCAGCAUUUGAUUAUGGCGUUGGAGAAAAUAAAUUAAAUAAUAAAACGACUGAUAUUAAAUUACAAUUAACACAUGUUAAUGCAUUACCUAGUCGAAGUGAACAAGGAAAUUUUAUUAUUAUUGAAUUAGGGAAUCUUAUUGAAGAUGUACGAUAUAAUCUUGUUUCAUUACUUGGAAAACAAAUACCAUGUUAUGAUAUUUUACAUAGUCAAGGUUAUAAUCUAGCAGAACACAUACGUAAAAGUAAUGGUACUAUAUUGCUCGAUCAAUUGGCUAUUGGAUUGAAUGACUUUUUGCAACAAAUUUCAUCAAAUGAAAAACUUCCUCAAUCACUUCAACUUGGUUUACUUUUACAUUUUCCUAUAAAACAAAAUGAACUUAAUCAUGCUGAAAUAUUAUCUUGGUCAAAUCGUUUUAAUUGUCCUGAUUUACUUAAUCAAGAUUUUAUUAAACUUUUUUAUCAAUCUAUUAAACAAUAUAUAUUAUAUUAUGAAAUAAAUUUAACAGCAUGUAUACAAGAAAGUGUUGCUGCAUUAAUAUCUGUUGCAUUUGAAUAUCCAAAUACAUUAAUUUCACUUAUAUUUAAUCAUACAUUUCAAUUAUCAUUUGUUGAAGAUAUAGAAAUAUUACGUUCAAAAAAUUUUUUUCAACAAAUUAAAUUACGUGCACUUUAUCAAACAAUUCUUUCAUUUAAUUUUCAAUUUAUACAUUCAAAUAAAUCAAUGAAAAGUCAUGCUUUAUUUCAAACAUUAUUAACAUCUAUUGAUAUAUAUGUUAUGAAUAAAUUAAAUGUUAAUUAUUUUGAUAUAUUUACAUGUGAUUCAUGUUUAAUUGAAAUAAUACGAUUAUUAAUUAAUGAAUUAUGUUUACAUGAACAAUUAUUACCAUAUACAUUAUGGUUAAAAUCAAAAUUAAAUCAAUAUGGUUCAAUAUGUUUAAAAUUUGUUUCUUAUAUUUUACAAGGUAAAUAUUCAAAAUUAAAAUUAUAUUUAAAUAAAUUAGGUUUAAAAAAAAUUAAAAAAAUUAAUUUAAUUUAUAUGGAAUAUAUAUGUCAUAUUGUAAUUCGACGUUCAACACGAAUUCUUUCUUGUUUAAUUGCUUGUUUAUCUGAUCGUUAUAAUGAAGAAAAUUUAACUAUUGCUAUUGAUAGUUAUCUUUAUCGUUUAUGUCCUAUUUAUCAAAUAUAUAUACAUCAUGAUAUUGAAUAUUUACGUAAACCAUGGAUAACUAUGUUUCAUUUUGUCAAUGCAACAAAUAAAUCUUAUCUUGGUCCAGCAGCUGUUAUGGGCUUACAAAAGACACAAAAAGCAAUGAUUAAUCAAGAUGAUAAUAUUAGUCAUUUAUAUGUACAUAAAAAACGACGUCAACAUACAGAAUCAACUAAAUUGUCUUAUUCAUGA